AUGAAUCCUCUACAAAACUCCACAGGAUCUUUAAAAGAAGAAGAAGAUAUGUUACUAGCCAUGACACUUGGCGGGAUGGGAUUUAUCCCUUAUGCAGUGAAAACUGCUAGAGACUUAGGGUUUUUUGAGAUUAUGGCUAAGGCCAUACCCUCAGGGACCCAUCUCUCACCGUUGGAUUUGGCUUCCAAGGCUGCGCCGAAGAAUCCAGAUGGUCCAGUGAUGAUUGAUCGAUUGCUACGCCUCCUUGUCGCAUAUUCGGUGUUCACUUGUAAGUUGGUGAAGGAUGAAGAAGGUAGAGACUCAAGGACAUAUGGACUAGGGAAAAUUGGAAAGAAAUUCGUUAAGGAUGAAGAUGGAAUCUCAAUUGCGCCAUAUGUGCUUUUGUCCUGUACACAAAGCAAGGGAACUGUAUGGUCUCACCUUACAGACGCAAUACGAGAAGGCGGAGCGACCACAUGGGAUAGAGCUCAUGGGCCAUUGUUCUUUGAACACAUGAAGGAAAAUGAAGAUAGCUUCGAAAGUUUCAACGAAGCAAUGAUGACUCAUACGUCAAUAGUUAUGAAGAAAAUAUUAGAGAACUACGAUGGGUUUGAGAGUGUGGGGGAUUGCACCCUGGUAGAUGUAGGAGGUGGCGUAGGCGCUAAUCUUGCCCAAAUUCUCUCCAAGUUCCCACAUCUUAAAGGUGUCAACUUUGACUUGCCUCACGUCGUCUCAGAAGCUCCCCAAAUUCAUGGUAAACUUGUCCUUUUUCUUGUUUUUACUUAG